AUGAUUAUGGACUUUUCAGUACAAAAAACAACUGAGUUAUUCUCAGAUCAUGCAAUUGCUGGCGCUGCCAGUGGAUUUAUAACGAGAUUGUUAUGUCAACCUUUGGAUGUGAUAAAAAUUAGAUUCCAAUUGCAAGUUGAACCAAUUUCAACGUAUCACGUUAGCAAAUAUAAAUCUAUAUCACAAGCUGUUCUGUUAAUUUUAAGAGAAGAAGGACCUACCGCCUUAUGGAAGGGUCACGUACCUGCACAAUUAAUUUCAAUUACCUAUGGAAUGGGUCAGUUUUAUUGUUAUAAUGUGUUUCUAAAAAUGCUGCAACGAGUUCCACAAAUUGAAGAAUGGCAUCACACGAUGCAUUUUGUCGCCGGUGCUGGUGCUAGCUGUGUGGGGACAAUCAUUUCGUUUCCUUUUGACACUAUGAGAACUAGAUUAGUAGCUCAAUCGAAUAAUCAUCGAGUAUACAACGGAAUAUUACAUUCUUGCAAUUCAAUUCUUCGACAAGAAUCGCCGAGAGUCUUCUUUUUCGGUUUGUUACCGACUUUAUUGCAAAUUGCUCCUCACACUGGCCUGCAAUUUACAUUCUAUGAAUUCUUCAAGGAUCUCUAUAAGAGAUACAUCUCUGAUACCGGUUUCUAUAAUUCCAUGUUAUCUGGUAGCGCCGCUGGAUUCAUAGCGAAAACGAUUGUGUACCCUUUCGAUCUCGCUAAAAAGAGAUUGCAGAUACAAGGUUUCCAGCACGGUCGUAAAGAAUUCGGUAAAUUUUUCCAAUGCAACGGAUUACUGGAUUGCUUGAAAGUGACGAUAAAAGAAGAGGGUGUGCAAGGUUUAUUCAAAGGCUUAGUGCCGAGUCAAAUAAAAGCCACUAUUACUACGGCUUUGCAUUUUACUACAUAUGAACAGGUUUUAUUACUAUUAAAGAUGUUGCGGUAAUAGAAAUUCAAAUAAAG